UAAGAGUAUAUAGAUUCGAUUACAGUAAAGAAUUUCUAGUUAUUACAGUUUCUGAAAUAGGCUCCAAAAUCUAGUCGUGAGUGGGCACAGAUGUGGGAAGGUGUGGUCCCUUGUUGCUUUCAAGGACGCGGCAAUUUACUGUUCUAGCGCUUCUCAGAGAACUCUAUUUACGGUGCAGGUGGCAGUGGGAAUUAGUAAAUUCCCGGUAGGUCAGUAAUUGUGCCAGCAGCCACAGUGACUGGCACAGAAUUUUGCGGAAGGCGCAGUCCUGCAUACACCAAUAAACACUGUUCAGAAAGAAAAAAAAAAAAAAAGCUUUCCUAACGUACUUUGUGUUUCCUGGGCGCUCCUCCCCGCCCCCUUCCUAUUUUUCUGCAUUGUCCUCCUCCUUCACGGGUGGGUCCUGGAUGGACCCGCAUCUCAGCUUCCUCUCGCCGGUGGGACUCGGAGUGGUACCCUCCAACCCGCUGCCGCGCCUGCGCACAGCGUCUUCUCGCGUGAACGCGCUGCGCUGAGCCCCCUGCACUCCGCCGACCCGGUGAGUGCCUGGCGUGGGCUAGAGUAGGCCAGGCUCCCGCCUUUUACCGGGCCGGGUACCGCCAGCUCCUUCGCAGCACAUCCUUCCUCCCACCUUCAGGAUCCGAGCCUCUGAGCAGUUAACCUUGAGGAACCCGGAGGAGGAAGAUGCCUCCCGGAGGCACCGGAGCCGGGGGCGGGGCCAGGCCGGAACCCGGCCCACUCCAGCUCCCAGCCUCCCAUUGGCUCGCGCGCCUGUUCAUCUUCCCGGGGCCGCCGGCCGGUGCCACUUUCUCCGCUACCUCUGCGGCUGUGGGGCCGCCCCCGCCAGAACUAGCCGGAGCUGGCGCCGGCUGCCGGGAGCACGGAGGAGGGCAGGACGGGCGGUGCCGGGGCUGAGCAUCCCAGGGCAGGCUGCAGCGCCGCGGCCUCCGCGUCUGCAACACCACCUGUCGCGGGCGAGGAGUCUGGUGGAGAAAAAAAUGUUUUCCAGGUUAAGAGCCGUGGCCACUCCCUGUACUUCAACAUGCCGACAUUUGCACCUGAAGGAGAAAGGCAAGCCACUCAUGUUGAAUCCAAGAACAAACAAGGGAAUGGCAUUUACAUUACAGGAACGACAAAUGCUUGGUCUACAAGGACUUUUACCUCCUAAAAUAGAGACCCAAGAUAUUCAAGCCUUACGAUUCCACAGAAACUUGAAGAAAAUGAGUAGCCCUUUGGAAAAAUACAUCUAUAUAAUGGGCAUACAAGAAAGAAAUGAGAAACUGUUUUAUAGAAUACUACAAGAUGAUAUUGAAAGUCUAAUGCCAAUUGUGUACACACCAACAGUUGGCCUGGCCUGUUCCCAGUAUGGACACAUCUUUAGAAGACCCAAGGGAUUGUUUAUUUCAAUCUCAGACAGAGGUCAUGUUAGAUCAAUUGUGGAUAACUGGCCAGAAAAUCAUGUUAAGGCUGUUGUGGUGACUGAUGGAGAGAGAAUUCUGGGUCUUGGAGAUCUGGGUGUCUAUGGAAUGGGGAUUCCAGUGGGAAAGCUUUGUUUAUAUACAGCUUGUGCAGGAAUUCAGCCUGAGAAGUGCCUGCCUGUGUGUAUUGAUGUGGGAACUGAUAACAAGGCCCUCUUAAAAGAUCCAUUUUACAUGGGUUUAUAUCAGAAACGAGAGCGUUCCCAACUUUAUGAUGACUUGAUCGAUGAGUUUAUGAAAGCAAUUACUGACAGAUAUGGCCGGAACACACUUAUUCAGUUCGAAGACUUUGGCAAUCAUAAUGCUUUCAGGUUCUUAAGAAAAUAUCGAGAAAAAUAUUGUACCUUCAAUGAUGAUAUUCAAGGAACAGCUGCAGUUGCUCUAUCAGGUCUUCUUGCAGCCCAAAAAGUUAUUAAUAAACCAAUCUCAGAUCACAAAAUCUUAUUUCUUGGAGCAGGAGAGGCUGCUCUUGGGAUUGCAAAUCUUAUAGUUAUGUCUAUGGUAGAAAAUGGGCUCUCAGAAGAGGAGGCACAAAAGAAAAUCUGGAUGUUUGACAAGCAUGGUUUAUUAGUUAAGGGGCGGACUGCUAGCAUAGAUAGUCAUCAGGAACCAUUUGCUCACCCAGCCCCAGAGACUAUACCUGCUACUUUCGAAGAUGCAGUAAAUAAACUUAAGCCUUCAGCUAUAAUUGGAGUGGCAGGUGCCGGCCGGCUUUUUACUCCUGCCGUAAUCAAAGCCAUGGCCUGCAUCAAUGAAAGGCCUAUAAUAUUUGCACUAAGUAAUCCUACAGCUCAAGCUGAGUGCACUCCUGAAGACGCAUAUACGCUCACUGAGGGCAGGUGUUUGUUUGCCAGCGGCAGCCCAUUUGAGCCAGUGAAACUCCAAGAUGGACGAGUCUUCACGCCAGGUCAAGGAAACAAUGUGUAUAUUUUUCCAGGUGUGGCUUUAGCUGUUAUUCUCUGUCAAACCCGGCAUAUCAGUGACAGUGUUUUCCUAGAAGCUGCAAAGGCACUAACAAGUCAAUUGACAGAUGAAGAAUUAGCACAAGGGAGACUUUACCCACCACUUGCUAAUAUUCAGGAGGUUUCUGCUAACAUUGCUAUUAAAGUUACAGAAUACCUGUAUGCCAACAAAAUGGCUUUCCGAUACCCAGAGCCUGAAGACAAGGCCAAGUAUGUGAAAGAAAGAAUAUGGCGAAGUAACUAUGUUUCCCUGCUGCCAGAUGUGUAUGACUGGCCGGAGUCCUCAUUAAAGCCUCCCCAGAUAACAGAAUAGAAGCUCUCCCACCAAUAUUUCAUGCUUCAAGGAACCACUUCUUUUAGACAAAAAAAUCAUAUUCUCAGAUUUAUGGUGGUGUUCUUGUUCCUGUCGUGUUUUAUUCCCCAACACUUUGCUUGGCAUUUUUUUCCCCAUGAAUCUCCACUUCUGUUGGGGAUGAAUGUGUUCUGUUAAAGCCCACCAGUCCCCUACAAUCAAAAACCCAGAAUGCUUUAGUUCUGCUCUGCAGACUAUACCUGGGGUGUUAACAAUGUUUGUGGAUGUCUCUUGGAUGCUUGUUCCUGCUCGCUGCAUCAUUUGUUGUUUACUUUUACAGGAAUUCAUCUUUCACUUAAUUCUUUUAGGGCUACUAAAACGGAAAUUUACUUGUGAAUGUGAGUACAAAAUUUUGAGAAGUCAAAUUUUGACCUUAUCCCAAAGAAUUAAUCCCCCCAAGGAAUUAAUCCCUCUGUAGUAGAUCUAGGGAGAUAGGAAAAAUGGCCUCCAGUUUUCUGGCACUAACGCAAGGCCAGCUUUGACAUAUGGAAGAGUGGGAGGAACCACUGCUGCCUUUGGACGAAGCAGUCAUCUGCACCAGUGUACAAAGACCACUUCAUUUAAUGAAAGUAGUACAUCAGUUGAGUUACUUCAGUUAUCUUACUGACCAAGUAGAAAUUAAGGUUUGUUGUUAUGAAAACACAGCGAUUUUUCUUUUCCUUCUAGUCGAGAAGAUGUGGGAUUCUUAACAUGUUAUGACUAAUGGCAUGUGACUUUGAAAAUGAAUUAACCAUGUUUCAUAUCUGAGGGUGUUAACUGCGGUUUCCCUCUCCAACAGUCAUGCUCUUUGCUCCUUGCAGUAAUUUUGGGAUUCUUCUAGGGUAUAUUCCUUUAAACAUUGGUAGUGACAUCUUUCUCUUGAACAAGGAUUUAAUAGUUUUCCAAGGUAAACAGGGAUAAAGUAGGUAUCAGACCAGGACAUGCCAUUUUUAAUCCCAGGAAAAUGAGUGAUAGCUGGCUGAGAACAGUGAUGUUCCUGUGUCACAUGCUGGAGAACCUGAAGGAAACUCCAAAGCAUCUUGAGCAAUAAUAGUAUGGCUGUGCUGUUCGCCUGUUCUGUGCGCUUUGAGGGAAAGGACAAAACUUGCUUUUGUGUUUUGAGAUUUGUAGUCUGGCCUGGAACUCAUUAUGUAUCCUUGUCUUGCCUCCAAUAGAGACAAUCCUGUCUCAGCCACCCAAGUGCUGGGUUUAUAGGUGAGCCACCAUGUGCAGGUCAAAGACAAGACUUUUUAAAUGCCCAUUCUAAAAGUGUAACCAUGAAAAGCAAUUCAUAGAUGAUAGAAUAUUCACUUGAUAGUUCACUGUAGAAAAUGGGCUUUUUUUCAUCUUUCUGCCUGUAGAGAUUGAUUCUAAAUUCUGAAUGCUGUAUGUAGGCUUAGCAGGCACCAGACCUUGGGUUCAAGCCACAGGACCACCAUCAAAACAAAACCAAAAAAAUCCAGGUUAAAAUGGCAUUGCCAUUUGAAGUAUGAGAGGAAAGAAAAAUCGUGAAUUUAUUUAACAAAUGAGUAGUCAGAAGUUUGAUUUGUGAAAUAAUGAACUAGACCAUAGUUGGAUUCUUUUAAUUAAAGGUGAAAGGUUACCCGUAACUGGUCCCAGCACUUGGGAGGUUGAGGCAGAAGGAUCUUAAGUUUGAGGCUGGGCAAGAUAGUGUGACACUGUCUCAUAAAAACAACAAUAAUGCACACACAGAGAGACACACACAUAGCCAGCAAGAUGGUGCAGAAGGUAAAGAUGCUUGCCUCCCAAGUCUGACACUUGAGUUUGAUCCUUAAGACACAUAAGGUAGAAGGAAAGAACCAACUUCUGAAAGUUGUCCUCUGACCUACAGACCUGUGCCAUGGCAUGUUCACAUGCACACACACAGAAAUGUUACAAAAAAUCAUGAAAAUGAAAGACUUUUCAUGUUUUUGUUGACAACAGGUGUUUUCUAUGUCAAAUCUUUAAUAUUACAAGUAUACAAAUUAUAAGUGUUUUUGUUUUGUUUAUUAAAGGUAGGGACAUAGGCUGAAUUAAAGUAAUUCUAAGAAGUUAGUUAAAUAUGUCUGUGAAGUUAAUGUAAGUCAUUUAUCAAAACAACCAAAUGAAAUAUAGUUCAUUUAUGAACAAGUAUCAAUUAUUGGACAUAAAUUAAAUUUAAAAUUUUAAUAUCAGAGUACUGGCAGGAAGGAGAGACCAUAAUGGCAUCAAAUUUAAAAUAAUAAAACAUUUGAGCCCUCUAUGGAAACUUAGCAAGCAAGAAGGUAAUUUGAGUAGUAAUGGAGUUUUGCUGAGAAGAGAAACAAUUCUGCAGAUUAGUUUUCAGUGAUCAUUUAGAGGAAAGGGAAAGCCUGCUUUCUCAUCUAUUGUGAAGGAAAUUGCAUAACUUGGUGAGGGUAAAGCAGAUAAAUGGAUGGUAACAGGAAAGUUUUAAAAGAUUUUCCUUAAACUGCUUAACCAGGAGGUUGCUUCAGAAUCACUGUGAAACUUUUUAUAAUUGGAGAUGCCUCUGCUCCCUACCUUUAGGCCCCAGUGGACCUCUAAGGGCAAACCCCUAAUUUUAGCAGGUCCCCAGGGGAUUCUGAUGGGUCCCUGUCCUUGCAGUCACUGCCUUAAAGGGGACAUCAGAGUCAUCUGGAGAGCUAACCCAUGCUGGUGGUGCUGCUGCCGCAGGAGGCCACAUUGGGGCUCAAGAUCUUGCAUUUCUAAGGUGCUCCCAGGUGAUGCCAUCAUUGCUGCACAGACCUGGCUGAUGGCAUUGCUUCAGAAUACUGCAUGUUGUACUUCUAAGUCUAGUGCUCAGAUACUCUACAGUUCAAUUUGUAUGAAAAGCUCAACUGAAAUGUCUUAACUGGCUUUCAUCUAGUUUUCCUUAGUUUAUGUGAGACAUUUAUUCUAAAAAAGUUAAUGAAACUGGACAGAAUUUUUCUGAAAAUAUGUCUAGAAUACUGUUUGUUUUAAGCUCACUUAAAUGAAAUCUAGUAACCCAUUUUCCCUUGUAAAAGAUUAGCUAUCAAGUAGAUGCUUGUGGGACAGCUCUAUUUUCUCAUGACUGGGCUUACUUUGACUUUCCUCUAAAUUAGCCUCUGGAGAAGGGAUUUUACAAAGUUAAUAAUAAAUUCAGAUUGAGUGAAUAUUAAGGAGUGUAGAAUAUUAGUCAUUGUUCUUUAAGGAUGGUGAGGGGUAGAGAGAGCCUGGCCUUUGUGAAAAAUACAUCUAAAUGUCCAUGUGGUUUGAUGUCUGGAGCAUUUUCCAGCUCUUUUUGUUGUCCCAUGGGUAGCCUUCAUACGCUAGUGUCCAUGUUCUGUUAAGUUACCUAAAUAAAACUAACCCUGCUGAGCAUCCAUAAUUCUUGAGAACAUUGAUAUAAAUCUGAGAGCUCAUUACUGGAGUUCAUUUCAAAAGCAAUUCUGAAGCAUGGAGUAGCACCAUUCUGUUUCCAUCCAAGACAUGUUCAGGAGUAGACACAUUGCCGCCUGUAACAAACAUGGCCAGGCAUGGUGGCACACCCGUCUAAUCCCAGCUCCUUGGAGGUGGGAGCAGGAGAAUCAGGAGGUCAGGGCCAGCUUCAGCUACAUAUGGAUAUUAAGGCCAGCCUGGGCUAUGUGAGACCCUGUCCCAGAAAACAAAACCAUCAACAGAUGAACUAAAGUAAUAUACUUAGUAUUUUAAAUAGUCAAAAUAAAUUCAGCUACAGAAAAACCACAUCAUCUGAAAUCAGUAUACCUUAAUGUGAGCUGGAAGAGAUUGCCGCCCCCCCCCC